GUCAGCAGAAAACGGCGCAAGCACCACCGCAGCAACCAGCUGCAACACAGUCGGCCUAUGCUCCCGGUACUUGGGAUGAAAACUCCUGGGCGGCGUCCAUGCCGCAGACGCCGACGCCGCCACAUGCAGGACAGCAAAGCAGGGCGGCUGCUUCACAGCCGGCAGCGGAUCCUUGGGACCACGACGAUCCCUGGGCGCGAGGGCGGCAGCCGGUGCCACAGGCAGGUCCGACAGCUCAGGUCAGACUAAAUGGAGCACCGCACUUCGCGCAGCAUGAGGCGCCCUACGCUGCUUCGCCAGAAACUGAUGAUCCGUGGGCUGGAGGAAACGACCCGUGGUCGCAGUCACAGAUGCCUCAACGAAGCACCCAGAUGCGGCAGCCUUACCAGCCAGACUACUCGCAGAGACCCCCCUCCGGGCCUCCAUACCCACCGGACAACGGACCGAGUUCCCCCUAUGCCCCGCAGUUCACUCCGAAAGCACCGCCGGCGGCGGCGCCAGCGUACAACGGCGUGGGCAAGGGUGCUGGGAAGGUUCCACCACCUUUUUUGGCUCCACAGGGCCCGCCGACGCGACCACCGGAGUCCUCAAAGGGAAGCGGCAAGACGGCCGAGUCCUCGUACACCCCCACCUUCGGGAGUGGCGCAAGUGUGCCGAAGCCGAAGCCUGCUCCACCCCCUGUCCCCGACAGCGACGAUGAGGAGUCGCCGCAAGCGAAGGCCUCUGGACCCAAAGGCGUGGGCAAGGGCAUGUACGUGAAUGGCACGUCCUCGUCGCAUCCUGCAGCUGGACCCCCGGCCGGGAGGCCGCGCCCUUCGCCCGACGGUAGAUCCGAAUUUCUUGCACAGUUCGGCGGCGCCGGGAAGGUACUCGGCCCGUUGACUAUCGAGGUGAGGAAAAAGCGCGAUGUCGAGGGUGCCCAGUUCCUGCAAUGGGACAACGAUGAGCCCCUCCUGCUCUGCAAUGCCAAAGAUGGCCUGGCCUUUCUCAGACACCAUCAUCCGUCACAUCCUGGAGGGUGGCUGCCGGUUGAAUGCUUAGUGGCUGAGCCCGUGUACGACUUCUUGGUGCGAGUCAGGGUUGCUGAGGGCAACACGAUUGGACUGCAAUGUCAGCAGCACAGGCUCGGCGACGACGUGGAGGGACUUCUUGUCACCUCCGUCGAGGAGGGCGGUGUCCUGGAGCGUUGGAAUACGUGGUGCGCGAAGGCAUUCCCACGUGAUCAGCUGCUUCCUGGUGACCUGAUCAUCGGAGUUGGCGAGUCUUACAGCAGCAAUGCCAUCGACGCGCUCUACCAAGAUGAGGCGAUGCUCGCUGUGGGGGUCUUGCAGCUGCACGUCGUUCGCUUCGCGGCCCAGUGGAUCUUCGGUGAGUUUGGCGAACUGCGGAACGUCCUUCCAUGCCAGCGGCCGCCGGUGCAAGUGGCAAAUCCAGUGCCGAAGGGGGCCAGCCCGCUGCCACGAUUUCGCGAGAUCGACCAGUUUCAGUGA